UCUCUACAAAUGACACACCGCAUACGUCAAAACUUGAAGCUCAAUCCAGAUGUAUGUACGCGAUGUGAUUCAACAAACAUUGUUCGAUAUUUCGUACGAUGUACGAUUCCUGAAAUUCACUUAAUAACUGUCUAGAGUCGUGACGAAAUUCUAGUUUAUAAACUUCCCCAUUUUGUUGCUGGUAACUGGUUACUCAAUCCAAUCGCUCCGUUAAUUAGAACUAAUGACUUGUUGCGAGGUUAGUUUUCGUUCUGAAUAAAACACUCCGCCCUAAUAGCUUACAACUCUGAGAAUGUCCAGUUCAGGUAACAGCGUCGGUUGCGUGAGUGAGGUCACUCUAGCUAUUAGUAAAGAGAGGAGCUCGCAGCCUGAUGCCUUGCGAACGAUCGAUAGUCCAGACUCUGAUGGAUCUGGUCAUUCCAACUCUUUCACUGUACAGAGAUUCAAUUAUCCUAAUCAGACCAGUCCUAACAGGAACACCGAAGCUCGGUAUCAACCCUCGUCUAAUAGCGACUUGAGAAUACCGAUCGUCGGCUACGAAGUAAUGGAGGAACGAGCGAGGUUCACGGUGUACAAAUUGCGCGUUGAACCAAGACUCGGAGAAUGCUGGUUCAUUUUUAGAAGGUAUACAGAUUUUGUUCGACUUCUGACGCAGCUGAGAAGACAGAAAGCAUCGACCUCCCAUUUGUCUUUACCACGAAAGAAAUGGCUGGGGGAUAAUUUCGCACCUAGCUUUCUCGAAGACAGAAUAAGAGGGCUACAAGACUUUGUAAAUGGUAUUUUGAACAACACUAUUCUCAUACAAAUACCAUGUGUGAGAGAAUUUUUUUGUCUGGAUGAACCACCUGCACUUUCAGACACUGUCGAGGAAUCUCGAGCAAUUUUCGAGGCCCUGGAAGACACAAUUUAUCAUCUACGACAGCAACUUAGAGAGAGAGACGCUGCUUUAGCUAUGGAAUCAGUUAGAACUAAUGAACUUCGACAAAAACUACAACAUAUCAUAAGUGUGACACAAACAUGUUCAAAGUGUGGGACCUCACAACCAUUAGCAUCAAUUGAUUGAUGUUAAUUCUAUUACCAAUUACCGUGAUAUUUUAGUAAGUAAGUGUUACGUUACUGUUUUUCGCGUUAUGGAUGAUUAAAAAUAAUAUCUAGUUUUUAUACUAUUAUUAUUAUACGUAUCUGGUAGCCGAAGGUACUUGAAUCUUUACAAGAAUUUUAUAUCGGAGUCCACCUAUACAGGAAGCGUUGUUAUAUAAAUUUACACGUGAAUAAGUAUAUUAUUAUUAUUGAUAGGGGUUUCCAAUACAUGUUGUUUCAAGAAUACAAAUUUAAUCUGUAUUCGUACUCGAAAUUUUUAUUUAGAAGACUGAAGAUAUGCAAUACGAAGGCUUACUUCCUGUACAUUGCACCACCAUAAAUUUGUCAAUGAAAAAAUAACUCAGUCGCAACAGGUUCAUUGAACUUUACAGAUCAUAUCAAAUUCGCGAACCUGUUUUUAAAUAUUUUACAAAUUGAUGAAAUAAAAGUGAAGAUGACGGCAUAAUACGCUCAAUAAUGAAGAAAAUAAAUGCGAAACCCUAUUUUUCUGUAACGUUAUCAUAGAAUUAGAAUUUAUAGAAAAAAUAUAUCAUAUUAUAACAUAUCUGAAGUGAAAAUUCUCGAGGAAACAAUAUCGUUAUAAAUGAAAACUAGCAACUUGAAAUGGAAAGUUAUUGCACGUAAUAUAGCGGUGAUAGGUAGUUCUGAUAGCAGGCUAUGAGGAAGUGUAUCACUUUUCGAGACAAUUGAAUAUUUUUUCUUGUUUUUUAGCUAGCUUAACUCACGACCAUAACUUCCUAUUUAGGAUAGGAAUUAUUUUAUUUAUUCAAAUUUUAUAAAAGUUGACUACAAUGAAUUUUUAUGAAAGAUAAACACAAAAAUCACACUAGUUUUAAUCUACCUUAACCAAUUGUUCUUUAUUGUCGUUUAAAAAAUUCAAUAAAGUAUCAAUUAUUCGUUUAUGGUAAGCAAUGGUCAAAUGAAAAAUGAAUAUGAGUUUUAUUGAAAAAUUUGUGGCAUACAAAUUGCAGUAACAACUUUCAUGGUUUCAAAUAACCAGCACUAGUCAAAAUCAUUAUCUACUCGGCAUAAAUCACACGCUGUGGUAACGCUUGACGUAUGCAGCUUAUUCAAUUUUCCUUAUAAUCCCAAAGAUAGUAGAUAUAUUUUUUCACUUAGUUAUUUUACGAAUAAAGUUGUGUCAUUGGAUACGAAAAAAAUAU